AUGUCUUUCGAGCCUGUGCUAGGCCCCAAACAUUUCGCACAAUCGAUUGGCUGCUCUCUCCUCGAUGUGGUUGGGUUCCCUGUCUUGGUGAACAGACUUGAGGAGCAAUUUGGCGCCCAAAGAUAUUUCCAGGUACUUCAUGUCAUGAUUGAUGGUGGCUCGGUGUUUCAAGCCUUCGAAUUGCGAAGUCAUCAAAAUCACCGAUUGCCCCUUACAAAAUAA